AGUUUGUGCGAAAAGACGACGAAGUAGCAGUGCCAGAUCAAAAGGAUUUUCAGCCGUUCGGAUUUUUAGGUUUUUCGUGCAAAUAUUCCCGGAAUCGGUGCGAAAAAGUGGUCUACGGCUUGCUACGGAAGGUGUGCUGAUAGUAUUAGAUUUCCAUUAUUUGGUGCACUGUUGCGCAAACGUGCAUUUUCAUCGAACGGUGAAAUAUUUUUUUUCUGGUGUCUUGCCCACUGCUGGAAUGGUCGUCAUCGAAAGUGAUCGAUAUUAGUGCUGAUUGGUUGGAGAAGGAAUAAUAAUACUAGGUGUUGUUUGCUGUCCGGAAGAUUUGAAAGGAUUGGAUCAGUGUAAAAAAAAUAUUGUUUAAAUUCACAACUGCAGGCGUUGCAAGCUCGCCAACAUGAUAAACCUCAAAGUGAAGACGUUGGAUUCCCAGAAUCAUGACUUCAGUGUGGAAGAUGAUAUUACCGUUCGCCAGUUCAAGGAACAGAUCGCAGAGAAAAUCAACGUUGCAGUGGACAUGCAGCGUUUGAUCUACUGCGGUCGAGUGUUGAGUGAAGACAAGGCUCUCAAAGAGUACGAUGUCAACGGGAAAGUGGUCCAUCUGGUUCAAAGAGCUCCUCCGUCGGCUCGGGGUAGCAGCACCAGCGGUGGAGGUUCCAGCUUGGGAGACGACGGAGCCCGUGCCUCGGCUAGGCGAUCCCGCAGCAGUGACAACGCUGCUCGACCGCAGAUAUUCCGCGGUCUGGACGAUUUCAAUACCAUGUACUUUGGUUCGAUGACUUCAAUUCCGCUGAAUGUAAACGCCACCACUCCUCCGCAAAUCCCAACCGUUAGCCCAUCAUCAACGCUGUGCAUGAAUCGUAUCACUGUUGCUCGACACAUGCUACAGUGUGCUGACAACAUCAUCAGCUACUUGGAGGCACCGGAAAGAGGCCUAAACAACACCGCCAUGGACAUUCUUUCCCAGCAAACCAUGGAGUCCACCGUCUUCGAAGUCGGCAUCAGCGCCGUCGGUGACGUAGACAUUCCUCAUAAUCAGAUGCAGAACUUUGUCCAAGCGUUCCAGGGGGCAGUUUCGGCUGCUUUCCGUCAGAACGGCAUUUCCAACGUUACCGUACAACAGCAGGAUACGCUGAAUCCAUCUGUACAGGUAUUUGGUACGAUUCCAGACUCGGCAAUCAUUACACCACCGAAUACGAGUGCUACGGCUACACCGGCCCAGGAGAGUUCCGGAGCUUCCUCUGGAGGCUCAUCCACUUCUUCAAGCACUUCGGAAUCAAGUGCUGAUUCCAGACGACAGGCUCGUCCUGGAUCCUCACGCAAUCAAACCACCAGUACGCAGACACUGGCCGAGGUGGUUCAACAGAUACGCGGUGUUCAGCGUCGGAUGGAGCCUUUCUUGCAGCAGUACUUUGAAAUACUGCAAAAUGAUCCCACAUUUGAGGAAUCGGACACCACCGGUCGCGAAAGUGCUCAACGUGUCUUUGAUCGCAUCUCGGAAGCGUUGCACUACAUGUCCCAUGCCCAGCAUGCAAUCAGCGAUUUGAUGCUGGAUCUGCAAACUGCUGCACCUCGUCAUCUGUGCUGUCGGCCGAUUCUGGUCGAGCAGUCAGCUUUCGUAAGUUCUGGCAUUGCUGCUGUUCCCAACAACAUCAACCUUGCUAACCUGCUCCGCGCAACCAACAAUAACAACAACCCUGACAUGGGCAACAACAACAUCAACGCUCAGAUUAUCAACCUGUCAAUUCCUGGAUUACCCGGGUCUGCACCCAAUGGACCGAUUACCGUACCAUUGCUGGAACCGGUUGUCCAGCAAAAUAGAGCGACGGGAGCUACUGGACCAACCUCGGGUACUGGAUCCACCCCAGCUACGGCUGCCAGUACAGCUGGGACGGGUACAUCGGCAACACAGAGCCAAAAUCAACAACAAGGUCAAUCCGGUAGAAGUGCUAACAACCUCCCGGACGAUGUUGUUACUCGUGUCUAUAUUCCACUAUUCGACAAUGCGACCGUUAGACGUAUGCAGAAUAUCGUUGAGACGAUGGGAGCACCGCCAGCAAGAGACGGUUCCGCUGGGAGAGCCCCUCGCAGCAGCAGCGCUUCCAGUGCCAAUAGGAGUGGUGCUGCCAGCAAUAGUACGAUGAAUGACGAACAACAACAACAACAACAGCAGACAGCUUCCCCAUCAUCCUCGACUACCAACUCCCGGACGACCAGUGAGUCCGACUCGACUAGCUCGAGUUCCCCUGAACGAUUAUCGAACUCCAACAACGCUCAAAUGCAGGUGGCACGUUUGAUCCAAGCCGUCGUCAAUGCCGCUCCAAUGAAUGCCGAUAUCCACGUGCAAAUCAACGCUGGUGGAAAUCCACCUGGAUCUUCGGCGGCCAGCACCCCUGGAACCGGUGGCACUACAACCAGCAACGGUGGUGGUCCACAGGCCAAUCCUACAAUGACGAACAACACUUCUACCAAUACCAACAGCGGUAGCAACGAUAAUGGAUCUCAGUCUCGUUUUGCCACCGUCACGCUCCCGACGACCUCCACCCAAACCCGUUCCACCUCCAGACCUCACGUUCACAGCAUCCCGCCGGCACAUAUCCGGAAUGUGCGGCCCAUCCCGGCCAAUAUGCUGUCCUCGUUUGACAGAUUCCUCCCAUGUAACAGUCAUCACAUCCGCGAAAACACAGACCGGGCUUCUACGGAAACGGCCUCUACUCGAAAUGCUGCUUCUGCCAACAACGCCGGUAGCAACAAUAGCAACAGUGGAGCCACUCCAACGGUAGCUACUAGUCAACCCAGUGCGCCUCCACCGGAAUCCCUCUCAUCGCUACCAUUCAAUCUUUUCGGUAGUCAGUUUACAUUGGGCGACUUUGAGCAGAUUGUUCCCAAUCCAAACACACUGAACCGUGUACGCGAUUCACUCCAAGUGUAUGUCGUGGAUAAUCUGUUCAGUGGCCAGGCCAUCAGCGAUUCCACUAUGCAAGAUGCUAUCAAUCAGCUGAUACAACGUCUCGUUCCGGUUCUGUCGCGCGUGUCUAACUAUGAUCUUCCGGACUACGAUACACGAGCCUCGAUCGAGAACCUAAUCCGUAAUUCGAUUCCUUUCUGUAUCAACCUGAUACGCGAGGACAACUCUCAGCAAUUUGGUGUUCGUUUGCUUCGUUUCCUAAUCACAUUCGUUCGUCGGUUCUUUAUGAUCCUGGUUACUGGAAUCGGACAGAGCAAUGCCCAAUCCUUCUCCAGAGAACUGCUAAACAUGGCAAUUUUCAGUACGCAGGAAGGCGCCAGUGUUAAUCCGGAAUUGCUACAACUGUUCCUACCCGCCAUUCAUCGACAACUGGAACGGUCCAGUAAUCACGAUCAGCAAGACAUUCAGGAAUUUUUGGUCAUUCGCCGGCAUGCACCUGAACACAGCCAAACCAGCACAACUAAUCGUGCCCCUAGUCCCAUGGAAGUGGAUGAUGCAGAAUCCUCGACUACACCCGAACUGGUAUCGGACAUAGCGGAAAUUUCAAUUUCCAUCGAACCACCGAUCGUUAACUUGGAUCAGUGUGCUGCGAUUGUGAUUUCCGCCGCCCCCGUAUCAGCAUCUGCGCCAGCAGCACCGACAGCGCAAGUUACCGCUUCCGGUGCGGACAACAACGAAGACGUUACAAUGACGAUACCGGUGGCGGUGGUCGAUCCUCAGGUUCCACCACCGCUGACGAAAAAAGACGGCGAAGAGGAACUUCCGUCGGUGGUGGUCGGUUCUGAACCGUGGCAUACGCACCUACCAUCCACAUGGUUACCGGUGAUCACGCGUGAUAUUGCUCGACAGCGGCGACAGAACCCUCAGGGUCCAUACUCAGAUGCAUACAUCUCGGGCAUGUCUUCGAAACGACGCAAGCUGAUAGCAGAAACGAAACCCUCUUCUGAUGUUCCUUCGCUGAUUUCGGACGGCGUUCGGCAAGCUUUCCACAGCACCGGCAUCAAUCCAGCCAGCGCCAGCAGCAGCAAUUCAAAUGGUCUGGACGAACUGGCCAACACGAUAUCCGACGACGCCGCACUGCAAAGCUCCUACUGUGAAACCAUGAAAGCCAGCAUACGGGAACGAUUGACCAAGGAUCCGGACUACGACGCAAAACGGUUUCCAAAUUGUUCCAAGUAUUUCGAGAAGUAGUUUUCUGCUGGCAUGACGGUCAUGGAUGGAAGCUUUCGGUGUUAAUGUUAGUUUGUUUUUUUUUUCAAACACUGGUGGAACGUUAGAGUUUCAUGACACACUUUACAUUUUCUGGAAGAUGCAGUUCAGUAUGUGAGUAUAUUCUUGUCCUGUUAUCACUAUCGAUCAAUAUGGACAGUAGCGCAUAGAUGCUACAGCAGUUUAGAUACUAGAAUAUCGUAAAAAUAAUAUCAUUGAACAAUGAAGCUCUAUUCGCUUGUACCAUCAAGCUUGGAUUGCUCUAAUCCUCCUAAUAUUGAAAUUAACAUGGUAGGGAAAUGACGUCUUCGUCAAUUCCUUUACCAUUUGUCUUUAAGGGGACUAAAUUAAAUUCUUGAGUGAGCGCGUUCCUGGCGAUAAUAGGUAUAUGAAUUGACGAAUACGUUAUAUAUCCUAUAUACACAUUGCUUCAGAGAACCAUGUAAAAGGCAUGUUUUUGUGCUGGAUGGCCAAUAUUUUGUUAUUUGAUAGAAACUAUUUAAUUCUGUAUAUUGCGUUUAAUAUUAUCAGCAAAAAAACAUAGAGAAAAAAAAAUUAUUUAAGACCACUAUUCUACAGAUCCAAAGUAAAAUAUGGUUAGUUUUUGAUCUAUCACCUACGUAGACAAUAUUGACAAAAUAUUGCAAUAUGUAUUCGAUUCCAAAUGUAGUUCCUCGUGUAUAAGUCGCCUGACUAUCUGCAGAAGGGCUACAUAGAAUGAAAAUGAGAAUGGCUAUCACA